UUGUCUCUGUGCGCACUUGUUCUUCAGCAUGGAUAUUGAGAGAGAGUUGCAGGAGCUUCAAGAUAGGUUAGACCAAGACAGGGAGAACAUUCCUCCUCUCGCUACAGGACCGCCAUUAAUUCUUCGUUUUCACCGGAGGCAAAGGCACAGACCCCCUCUUCAAGGCCUCACCAACCUAUUGCUUUCUAAUAGAAAUUCUGAUACCACCCACAUUCCCAGAAUUAGAGAGAUUAGGGCAGUGGUGGUGGAGGGAAGAUCUAUAGCUGGAAAUAAGAAGAGGAAGGCAAUGUCAGAUGACGAGUUUUUAAGGAAUCCCAAGAGGCCAAAGCUCACUAAGAUCUUCUUCAGAUGAUAUGAACUUUAAGUUCAUACAUCCUCAAGUAGAAUCCACACAGAGAGAAUUGCGAUUGCAGAGGAUUGUGUAGAAACUAUGAAAAUUUAUGAAAGGUGGGCAAGGUUAUUAGAUUUUUUUUCUCUCAACCCAGUCGUUUUGAAUCAGGGAUGAAUUAUUUAUGGCCCAAAAUGGAUUUGGGUUUGAUAGUUGUUAACUUGCAACCAAAUAUAUUGCACUGUUAUAAACAUGAAGAGAUCACUGUAUAGUGUGAGAGACAUUUUUUCCCUGUCCCGGUUGUACACUUAAACAUCAUUUUACCCACAGGGAAUUGAGGAAUUCUA